AUGAUGGUUUCUCUUGCUUAUCUAAUGAUCUUUUCUGCUACUAUUCAACUUGUAUCAUCCCUUCGAUGUUAUGGAUUUGUUCGUAGUACUGAUACUAGUUCAUCGACCGUUGGCUUGCAAGAUUCACUUUAUAUACCAAAUGCAUGUAUGAAUCAGACUUGUUUGUGUAUUAGCUUUGUAUUUCAAUGUAUCGUCAAUAAUACUUUAUGUACUACUAAGCAAUUGCAGCAUGAAAGUACUGUUUGGACCUACGCAUUGACCGGAGUUGGUACAUGUCAGCAAUUGAUUCAAAGUUCAAUUAUAAAAAAUCUUACCUGUUGCUAUACGGAUUUAUGUAACAAUCAAUCAGUAAAUUCUAUUCUAACAACAACACGCAAUGUUGCGAUAAUGCCAUUGAAUAAUAACACUUCAUCGCUUUUUCGUUCAAUUCUGCUACUUCUUUUACUUGGUCUUUGUGUUAUUUGA